GUGCGAGGUCCGCUCCGUGGCGAAGCCGCUGCCAUGCCAGGGCGCGCUGGCGGCGCUGAUGCUAUCCCAGCUUGGGCCCAUCGUGCUGGAGAAUCGGCUGCACUUCCCGCAGGGUGCGCUGACCACCAGCAUGCUCGGCAGGCCGAACCAAGACUUCAGCAUGCCACAGGGCAGUGCUAGACCCCAAGGGUCCCAAGGAAGCUUUGCGGGUAGCACUGCCAGUGCGAGCAGUGAUGAGUACAACCGCAUCCUGGGGGACUUGGACUCCACUUCCGUCAGCAACGAUGGCAGCCUGGAGUCGGACUCGCAAGCCAGUGGCACGGGGCGGAUCCUGCAGCCGUCGGAUGAUGGCCAGAGCUCCACUGGUUCAGGUCCUCCUUUGCGGGCGCUGGCUGACCUGGACAUGGAGUCCGAGACCUCCAGUGUGGCCAGCGGUUUGGACGUGGACGGGCCUCGCAUCCUCGCGGCAUCCGACACGUCAGACGGGGGUUCCAGCGAUUCGGCCUCCUCUGCGGGAGGCGGUUCCUUUGCCCUGCCCCCCUCCUUGUGGUCUGGGGUGACCUACUCAGCUGCUUCUUCAGCCUCCUCGGUCACAGAGGACAUGCUGACCCAUCGGCGUCCACUCUUCGAGGGGUACGCGCAUGCUUUACGACCCCUGUUCAUGACCAGGGGCGACAUUACACACUUGCUGUCCAAGUUCCCGCAGCAGGUUCUACUUGGGGGCGCGGGCUGCGGCCGGCAGUUUGCGGCGCACCGCGAACUUUUGGAAGAGCUCUUCGGAUCGUUGGUGGUUUGGGUGAAGCAACCCGAGCGUCGGGGAAGGAUCCGACUAGCCUUUGGCUCUACCUUCAGAUAUGCUGAGGAGCCAUACAUGCUGGGCAGUGUCAUGACAACCCUGCAGUUUGUGGGCGACGGUGUCCAGCGCACAGGCAAUGAGGUGUGCCCUGUGGUGCCAGAAGAGAACGAAGAGGAGGAGUGGGCAGCGUCCGAGUGCGCUGCCUCUCAGGCCAAGGAUGUAUCGACUCCUGAGCAGGACGUUUUGGAGUUUGAGGAGGUCAACGUGCCUCUCACCGAGGUUUCCUCUAGGGAGCUCUUCUUGGCUGAGCUCCUGCAGAGUGACCAGUGUCAACUGCUUGCAUCACUCUCGCAGGGCUCCCACUCGAAGUACGGGCACCGAGCUCUGCGGCGCCGGCGCCGCACCUUGAGACAUGUCAAAGAAGCGACGCAGCUUCUCCUCAGUGUGGCGUGCACUCUGAUUGCUGUUGCUUGGAAUUUUGGGCUGGGGUCGGGCUCCGAUAGCCGACACAAUUGCGGAGAUUUCCUGCUGGCAGGGCGCUUUGCUGAGGUCUACUAAUUCC